AUGUUUGAGGACUUUCGUGUAUUAAGCAGAGGCCGAUUGAAUGCUCAAGUUCAGAAGGAAAAGGAAAGAUUUAGACCAAUGACUGCUCAGGGAGACAUUGCUGGGACGCAUGAGGAUACUAGAAAUAGGUGGAGACUGGCUAGCAAAUCAUCUGACGAUUAG